AGCGCCGUCAGCCGCGGGCGCCGCUGGGUGGUGGGGGCUGGGCUCCGAGGUGCUCUGCGCUGCUGCCCGGCUCCCCAAGGGAGAAGGGGGGCGCGGCGCGGCGCGGCAGAUUCCUCUCUCAUCCAGGGAGAGAAACGUAGCCACGUCCGGGGAGUAGCUGGGCCACGGCCGCAAGGGCACGUCGACACCGAGCCUCUGUGGCGAAGAGGCCCCGGGGAGACGGCUCUCCCAUCAGCAUAAAAACCCCACCGGCGCGAACUGCAUAAGGCAAGAGACGCUCUUCCACCGACAUGGCGCGGUGCCCCCCAGUGCUCAGUUAAUGGGAGUGGACUUUCCACCCAUAUAGUGGUGAUAAGUGCAUGCAGCCAGCUUGUUUGAAAUCUGGAGGCAGAAAGUGAAACGCCCGCCGUGAGGAGGAAGAUGAGGAUCCUCGUACUUCUACUAUUUUAUCACUAUGCCACAAAGAAUGCCAAAAGUUACCAAACUUCAAAUCCCAACUUUAUUUUAAUCAUGGUUGAUGACCUUGGCAUUGGAGAUCUGGGAUGUUAUGGAAACAAAACUUUAAGAACCCCCAAUAUUGACAAGCUAGCUAAAGGAGGAGUGACAUUUACUCAACACAUAGCAGCAUCUCCACUGUGUACCCCAAGCAGAGCAGCUUUUCUGACAGGCCGAUACCCUGUCAGAUCAGGAAUGGCUGCAUUGUCAAACAUUGGUGUCUUCUUAUUUUCUGCCUCCUCUGGUGGACUUCCCAUUGAAGAAAUAACUUUUGCGAACCUUUUGAAGCAGAAAGGUUAUUCUACAGCUCUUAUAGGAAAGUGGCAUCUUGGGCUGAACUGUAACAGCAGGGAUGACUUCUGUCAUCACCCCCUCAGUCAUGGAUUUGAUUACUUCUAUGGGCUCACCGUGACCAGUCUUAGAGACUGCAAACCAGGGGAAGGCAGCGUGUUUGUGGCAGGGGUUCGAGCAUAUCUUGCCACUCCACUUCAGCUCAUCGGCAUCAUCCUAAUCUCUUUGGAGGUGCUGCAUUAUAUUGACCUCCUCAGAAUACCCCGUGGAGCACAGCGCUACUUCUUUUUAAUAUCUAUAGUUUUAUUUGGACUUUUGCUCAUUUUCUUUUAUACUUUUCGAUAUCUAAACUGCUUUUUGAUGAGGAACCACCAGAUUAUCCAGCAGCCACUGUCCUAUAAGAACCUUACUCAAAGAUUGACAGAAGAAGCUGUACAGUUUAUAGGAAGGAAUGCUGAUGCACCGUUUCUUCUUUUCCUGUCCUACCUUCAAGUCCACACUGCUCUAUAUGCAUCAAAGGAUUUCAAAGGAAAGAGCAAACAUGGCUUAUAUGGGGAUGCUGUAGAGGAAAUAGACUGGAGUGUAGGAAAGAUUCUGGAUGUGCUAGAGAAAUGGAAUCUGAAUGAUAAGACUCUUGUAUACUUCACAUCUGACCAGGGGGCACAUGUUGAAGAAGUCUCUAGUACUGGAGAAGUCCAUGGGGGGUAUAAUGGAAUUUAUAAAGGUGGAAAGGCUACAAACUGGGAAGGAGGUAUUCGUGUGCCAGGUCUUCUUCACUGGCCAGGAGUGGUACAGGCAGGUGUCCAUAUUGAUGAGCCCACAAGUAACAUGGAUAUAUUCCCUACAGUGGUUAAACUUGCAGGGAUACCAUUACCCAAAGAUAGAAUUAUUGAUGGACAUGAUCUGAUGCCCUUGCUUCAAGGGAAAAUUCUCCGAUCCGAGCAUGAAUUUCUCUUCCAUUACUGUAAUGCAUAUUUAAAUGCAGUGCGCUGGCAUUCAGGAAACAGUGAAUCUAUUUGGAAAGCUUUGUUCUUCACUCCAAACUUUGAUCCAGAAGGCUCCAAUGGUUGCUAUAAUUCCCAUGUGUGCUAUUGCUAUGGAAGAUUUGUCACACACCAUAACCCACCGCUACUCUUUGAUCUCUCCAGAGACCCCAGAGAGAAGAAUCCACUAACACCAGAGACUGAACAUCAUUUCUAUGAAAUCCUUGAUGUCAUUCAACAAGCUGUAAACAACCAUACAAAAUCAUUGCACAUAGUCUCCAACCAGUUAUCAUGGGGGAAUAUCCUUUGGAAGCCCUGGCUUCAGUUAUGUUGCUCGUCCUUCUUUCUGUCUUGUUACUGUGACCAUGAGUCAGAAGAAAAAGUAAGCUUGCCUAAGGCAUGACACCUCUGAAACACACACACAUGCUUUUGGGAUAAACAUAUCUGCAGUUUUGCCUACAAUCGUUGGAACAAGCAGUAUUGGUAGGUUGUUUUGCUUGAACCACUACAAUACCUAACCCUUUACAAUCCCACUGGGGCUCCUAGGACUCUAUCAUAGGUUUAUAGUAUAUGCUGGAAUCCCAAAUCCUACUAUAUAGGGUAAACCAUCUUUUAAAUACACCAUUGUCAAAUAUUUUGGGGGGAGGAAAAACCAAUCCUGGACUCUCCAUUCCAGAGGAAAGAGUAUGUUCUGGAGCGGAGAAAGCCUUUCUACCUUUAGAAUCAUAGACUGUCAGGGUUGGAAGGGACCUCAGGAGGUCAUCUAAUCCAACCCCCGCUCAAAGCAGGACCAAUCCCCAACUAAAUCAUCCCAGCCAGGGCUUUGUCAAGCCUGACCUUAAAAACUUCUAAGGAAAGAGAUUCCACCACCUCCCUUGGCACAGUUCCUUUCUCAUGCAAUGUUUGCAUGAAGCAGGGAUGCCUGCCAUACUUGCAGACGGUCAAGCUGUAGUCUCUGUAUAAAGAGUACUAUUUCUUAAGACCUCUGACUCCAUCUGUGUUCACAAGCUUUGAAGGUAUGUAACUACAGCUUUCAGCUUCAACUGUCACACAUUGCUCCUGCUCCCAUUGGUAACGAUCAUCUACUGUUAGGAGAGUAUUUCAGCAAGGGAAAAUUAUAAAAAAGAUACCACCAUGAUGAGGACCACAGAACUACCUAGACAGAUGGACAAACAGACACAGAAAGGAUUUGUAACAGCAAUCAUGACAAGCAAUCGAUGCUGCUAUAAAACCAAAAAUAGAUGACUGACUAUACAAUACAACUUAUGGAUGACUACACAGUAACAGCUGCCCAUAUUUAACGGGACUAACAGAUGAUGUCACUUGCAUUCCCCAGUUUCUGGGAAGGCAGAUGGGCAUACUGAGCUGCUGACAGGCAGGAAGACAGAAAAGCAGGAAAAGGAGUGUGUCGUAUGAAGCCUUUUACAGCCACUAAUCAUGUGGAGAGAUCCAACUUGGCCCAGUCAACUGGAUCCAUCCUAAUUCACUAACAAGGUCCAUAAUAAAAAUAAACAACCCAAAACAGGGUCCAAACACUGAAUGGCCAAUUCUGCCCAAUCCAUAUGUCCAAACUCCAAACACAGGCCAUGCCAUGAGAGUCUCUCUCUCUCUCUCUCUCUCAUUGGCUACUGUGCAAACCAGCUGUUUCACUGAUGACAGAGAUCUGCAUUUUUUUAAAAGGUCUUGCUUCAAAUGUUUGAAAUAAUUUGCUUUGAAAACCCCUUACAAAAUCUGAUGUUUUCUGAGAAGUCUAAACAAAGUAGCUCAAAUUUACCCGAGGCUGAAUGUGUAUACUCUGUAUUCUUAAUAAGGCCUUGGGAAAUCUUUAACACUUAUGGCCUAAUUUCAGUAUCAGUAUUUACUCUAUAUCUUGUUCACUCACAUUUUCUUUUCAUUCUGCAGCAAAGCAAAUUAAUUAUUUUUAUUAUUAUUAUUAUUAUUAUUGGCAAAUAUUAUGAACAGGAAAACAUAUCAGCAAUAUAAAGUAAAAUUAUGUGAUGCCUAAUAAUAUGAGACUUUCACUUGUCACAGAAACCUAGUGAAUUACUGACUAUCCAACAACAUAAUGCAUUAAGGCAGGGGUCGGCAACCUUCGGCACACGGUCCAUCAGAGUAAUCCAUUGAUGGGCCGUGAGACAUUUUGUUUACGUUAACCAUCUGCAGGCAUGGCCCCACACAGCUCCCAGUGGCCGCAGUUUGCUGUUCCCGCCAAAGGGGGAUGCAGGAAGCCGCAGGGACGUGCUGACUGCUGCUUCCCACUGCUCCCAUUGGCUGGGAACGGUGAACUGCAGCCACUGGGAACUGCGGUGGGCCAUGCCUGUGGACAGUCAACAUAAACAAAAUGUCUUGCAGCCCACCAGCGGAUUACCCUGAUGGGCCACAUGCCGAAGGUUGCCAACCCCUGCAUUAAGUUAAGGGUUCUCAAACUGAGGGUUGUAAGCUAUCAGCCCUCAGGCAGUUGGGUUCCAGGUGCCAGCCCCACGCCUGGCUGACUCCGAAGUCCAUGCAUCAACCCAGCUCUGCAGACAGCACCAUCAGCAGCAGAGGCCAUUUUAAACAACUACAUUUAGCUAAUAAAAAACUACAUUUAGCUAAUAUUAAAGUUGUGACACCGUUUUUUCGAGCUGCCUGUCAUGGUAAUAUAUGUUUUGAUUUAGAAUCUAGCCCUCUGCCUAUUAUAACCUAGUGUUUUAUUUGCCUUUUUAAUGAAACUCAUGCACUGAAGCUCAAGGUUUCACAGAUUUAUCCAUGGCAUCCAUACAUUUUUCCUGGUAAGUAUGGUGUCAUAUUUCCCAUAUUCCCUAUUUUGGAUGGUUCAUUGCAGAUUUAUCAUUGUGCAGUUUUUCUAAAUGUUAUGCCAUACAUGCCAUCUGUAGGUUGACAAUAACAUAGCAAGAUCCUGUGAAUUGUGACAAGUCAGGUCAAAUAACUCCCUGAUAACCAAUGUGGGCUAUUUAUAUUACAGCUGAAAAGCCAUGAGAUGGCCAUUUAGCUUGGUUUCCUGUCUGCUUUAUUAAAUCACAACAAAUACACGAUAAAUUUAGCAACAAAGAAAUCUGUUUAUUGCUUGUUUUACUGCAAGUACUUUUCCACUGUCAUCUAUGGGAACUUUUCAAGCAUGAAUGUAUGCAACGUUAUACGUUCUCAUAGAUUUCUUGCUUAGUAUGCAGUGAUGUAUUCAGCUGAGCUAUUUUACAUUGUUGAACCCAUCUUUGUCCUCAGAAUUCCCUAGCUGUGCCUCAAUAAGGCUCUCGAUGGAUACUCUUAAAAAAGUCCAUAUCUUCUUCCUUUCCUCUGGCAGUUGCCCAGCUUGGUAUCUUUUUUUCUGCAUGAUGCUGAUGCAACUGUUCUUUUUUAGAUGCGGAUAGCAGUAUACGUUCUCUGAUUCAAGAGAGGUAAUUACCAAGAGAGGUAAUGACCAAGAGCAGUAAUUCCUCCACCCACUUCUUUGAUCUCUUUUCCCCAACUGAAUUAGGCCUGUACAAUACCCCCUUUUUCAUGGAAUCAUCCAGGUCUUUCCGAUCUCCAUGCCUAGGACCUUUACACACCUCAAAUUCUUCCUCGCCCCUUUCCAUUUGUCUCCAUAUCUAUUCCAAUCACCACAGUAAAAAGAAAUCUUUUUGAAUAGAUGCAGUUUUCUGAGCUCUACUACUUUAAUCCUCUACUUAUUAGUUAAGGUCUAAUAAGAAUGCUUAAGUUAACUGUAUAUUGUAACAUCAAAGAUGUUUAAAAAAACAUGGACAGUUGAAGUUAUUUCUUGUUUGUGCCACAUUUCAUAUUUACAAAAAUAUGAUUUAAUUUUUGAAACUGAAAAUAAAAACUGCAAUCUAAUUUUAUAAUUGUUACUUCAAUAAAAUUGUAUUAAGUAUAACACUAUAUUUUUCAGCAGUUGUACUGGAUGCUAUUUUGUUUAGUGCUUAAUAAAAUAAUCCCCCCACAUUACAAAUGUAUUGUACCUUUCAGUGGCAUAUCAGAUCCUGAUAAUUAAAACAGUCUUGUAUGUAUGCAGAAUAAAAAGUGAAGCACAAUGUACCAUUU